AUGGCUUCAAAGAAUUGGAAGGUCGGAAUUGUGGGAUAUGGCUCGAGCGCCAAAAUAUUUCACAUUCCCUUCAUCCAGGCACUACCUGAGUAUACCCUUCACGCCAUCGUCCAAAGAACCCCGCGAGUGGGAAAUGACGCCGCAAAAGAACACCCCGAUGUGAAAUGUUUUCCAUGUCUAGAUGAAAUGUUGAAAGAAACCACAGUCGACAUGAUUGUGAUUUCGACCCCCGUUGAGUCGCACUAUUCGUUGACCAAGUCGGCACUUUUUGCACAGAAACAUGCAAAUGAGGCUGACGAGCUUAUAGCUCUGGCCAAUCAACAGCAUAGGCUUCUCUCGGUAUUUCAUAAUCGUCGCUGGGAUGCUGAUUUUGUUACUCUGAAGCAAUUGCUAGUCAGCCGAACACUAGGACUAGUCACUAAUUAUGAGACAUGCUUUGAGUUUUCUGACCCUAGACGGUCAGUCCAAAAUUCUGCAGAUCCUAUGAAUACCGUCUCGCAGAUCAAAGCCAUUUACGAUCUUGGGACGCAUCUUCUGGACCAGGCAAUUCACAUAUUUGGGUUGCCUCAAAGGGUCACCGGUCAUCUUGGUGCCGAACUAAAGGGAAAUGAUUCAUCCGAAUGCAGCAAUAUUUUCACGGUGUUAAUGCACUACGAUAAUGGUCUUCUUGUUACUGCUAAGGCUGGCACAAUAAGUUCGAAAGAAAAACCGCUUCGAUUUUUGGUCACAGGAGACAAAGGGGGUUUUAAGAAAUUUUAUUUCGACAUUCAAAAGGAACAUCUACUAGCCGGCAAGAGUCCUAGAGACAAUGGGUUUGGUGAAGAGCCUUUGGAAAGAUAUGGUGAGUUGGUUUCCGAAACCGGAGUUCUUGCGACUAAGGAAAGCGGCGGGUCUGCUAUUGAAAAGAGCAUCGCAACUGUUGAGCCACCCACUUGGGCUGAGUAUUAUCGGAAACUGGCACGCGCCCUGAGCGGAAGGGAACCUGUCCCUGUGAGCGGUUCCGAGGCUCGUGAUAUUAUCCAGAUCAUUGAAUUGGCUAUAAUUAGCUCGCAAUUGAAGGAGACGGUGGAAAUUCCAUAG